AACAACAAAAAUUAGAAAUAUUAGAACAGGAAAAUCUAAACUGAGUAAAUGAAAGUAGUAAGUGAAAGUAGAUUACACCUCCUCCGCAGCCUCUGUACUGCCACACCCCCGACACAUUCUAUAGCCAUGUUGAGGACAUGUGCAGAACUUGUUUGGGCGUAAUGUACUUGUAGUAACUUGAUAUUUAAACCGACACUGAAAAAUUAAGAAAUUCAUAUUCCUUGUUAGUAUUAAUUUAGACCGUACUCUCUGAGUUAAAAUUCAGUUUCAAUGUAGGUUAGAUGUGGCAAUUAAAUAUAUCCUACGAAUUAAUUUUUUGUUGGUACAUGGUAUGCUGUGCCACUAAAUACUCAGUACUUCCGGCUUGGAGGACGUGGAUCUGAAUUGGCGUAUUCAUACACUGAAUGAAAUAAUUGUAAAGAUUGAGGAAGCACUUAAAUUCUGCCUCCAGAGUGCACGGUGUGGACUAUGGAUAUCUCUACUCAUCUCCAAAGAAUUUAUGAAAAGUUGGAGCAGAUAGAAGAACAUUUGUCAAGAAUUCUCUCUUUUGAGGAGAAAUUGGAGAAAAUUGUAAACAUAACGGAGUUCCUACGUGAACAUGGUCCCGGCAACAUUGCAUUCGAGAGGACGUGUUCGACAAAGGAAAAGAAAUUCAAAUCAAGCAGAUCGGACACCAACCACCAAACAUACGAGAAGUAUAGACAAUGCGUUCCAGAUUUUCACGUCAAAGUCCUUCAGAAGAACCACAAAGUGCUUGUAAAUGAAUUGUGCAUUCGGGGACCCGUCAUUGAUGAUCUUAUCGAAAACGAGGCUAUUUAUCAUUCAGAUCAGGAAACAAUAAUGUCAUGCGGCCGGCUCCCAGAAAGAUCAGAUAAGAAGUCUUUUGAUGUGUCUUUCACGUUACGGUGAGGAUAAUUUCCUAAAGUUCGUAAAGGCGUUAGACACAGAGCGUCCAGAUUUGGCCAAAAAUCUCCACGGCGAUUUUGAAAGACAAAAGUCUGAACACUCCGAAGAGAAUAUAACCUGCAUAAAAUGCUGUAUCUACAAUCUAGUUGACAUCAAAGAUGUUGUUGAUGAUCUGUAUUCUAAAGGUCUUGUAGACUACUCAUUCCUGGAUCGAACUCUCGCAACGCCAGUUCGCAAUGCGCGAAGGCAACUUUGGAACGAAGUAUUUCUGAGAAUGCGAUCUGAAACAGAUGAUAAUCGAAAUAAAUAUUAUGAAGCCUUAAAAGAUGACAUUCUAAAAAAGUACAAAAGUGUUUUCUCUCACUUUCCUGAUUUUGACAUCAACGAAAACACAAUGAAAUGCUUGUGUAAAGGGAAGUCAUAUGCUGAAUCCACUUCUUCAAACCCAGAAAAUGAUCUUCCUUCAUCAAAAUUGCAAAACUCGGCUGAGGUGGAAGAAACUCCGUCCACACCGACCGUUACUCAAGUUCGUCGGCGCCCAAAGCUAAGAAAGAGGCGGAAUGUUACACCUAAAAGCAGGGUACCAGAUCUCCUCCUCGCCAAUGUGUUACAUAAGUGGUUCAAAUCUUUCCACAAGCGACAGAACACAUGUAGCACAGAUCUUAGUUUUGGCUUGAGCGAGGAUGCGAGGAACAGCCAGAUUAUUAAUGAGGAUCCUGCAGUCUUACGCAAACAGCGUAUUUUUAGAUACAAAGAAGAUAGUGGAUUUGCUUCCUGUGAAAUGAGCUCCGUAGAUGUUGCUGAUGAAAAAAAGAAUGAAGAUUCUGCCAUACGGAGAGUUACAGAAGAGAAAGCCUCUGAAAAGUCUACAUGUACUCAUUGAUUCACGCCAUUAAGCUAUACCACACAUACUUAAAUGCAUAUGGACCAAAGGCAGCUGCUAAUCAACUGUAGGAAGAUUUGGACGAAAAAUUAUGACAAUGACAAGCGUUCCAAAUCUUACAUUUACCUAAUCGCACGCUUUCAACUGUUUGUAUCAGAGUAAUGACAUCAACUUUGAAUUUGUAAUUUACAGUAUGUACACUGGAGGAGGGAGUGUUCCAUAGGUCCCUAAAGAAAAGCGUUUCUCCAAAUUAGUCUUAGUGUGCGAUAUUUCAAAGGUUUCUUGUGUUUCUUUGGGUAUCAUUUUUUUUUUUAUCGCAUUCAAAGAAUUCCUCUGCAAGGUUUUACAGGUUAAAGAUGUAACCGUUCUACAGAGACGGAGGGGAAAAUGCAGAUCUCGACCUCAGAAAAUAUGGAAAACUAUACAAGGGAAUUCGCCAUGCCUACCUGGAGGAGUUUGCUUAUUUGUUUGUUUUUGCAAGCUUUACCGAAGAAAAGUAAUUGAUAAUAAUACGUGUUGUUAUACGAUGUAGACCUAAGGUGGACCUACAACACAUUUAUAUUAUCGCCAUAUGUGAAUUUAUCUAAAGAAAAUUAAAUGUGAAUUCAUUAUCGCUGAAUGGUAUUUUGAGAAAAUUGUCAGUGUGAUAUACGUUUUGAAAUUGAGCCAUAUAUUCAUGGUAAUUUCAAUACAUAGGUUGGUUAUGUGUAAUUUGUAUACCAGCGUCUUGCAAGUGUAUAGUGAUUGCGUAGAGUUCUAUACAAUAGUGAAAUAUGUGCCGCCAUCUCUAUUGUUGAUAUAUUCAAAAUGACCUACUGUGUUUAGAGAGCGAUGCUUUUAUUUCAAUCACCCACUCUAUGCUGUGUACUUCAGACUGUUGUCGAUAUUUAUUUAUUUUAAAUAAAUAAAUACUCUGUUGAA